CUCAAUUCGUCUGUAUCUUUUUGAGAAUGAGAACAGCAUGGCGCACGUUGGCUUAUGUUAUGAUAGUUGCUCUUCUUCCACAAGUGUCGCUAUACAACAUCAAGACUGACGUAAACUUUACACCUUACCUCGUCAACAAAGAGUACGUGCGUCACAUACAUUCGAUGGUGAACGCGUACAGUAACAGAGGCGAUGGUGCGGGCCGGCUGGUGAUCGAGACGAACGCGCUCAUCGACACAAAGUACCGCACCUGGAAACGCAACGCGGACCUCAUCAACUCGCUACUCGCGCUACCGAAGGGCAUGAACGAAGCCGGACGCUAAAUGCCCUAAUUACAUCUAGCCUCGUACCUUGUUAAUGUCUUGUAAUAAAUCGAUAACACUGUUAAAAGUUGACUUUUUCACGAACAUUUCAUAUUUAUUUACUAGCUUUGUGCUUUUUAUUGAUUUCCUUAUCGUCCACCGGGAUGGUGGGAGGCGACUUCAAAUUAGAUGCGGUUACACCUUUAUGAAUCACGUGGACGCAGUAAGGUUGGGACUUUAAUUAUCUUUGAAUUUCUUUGCAUAUGUGCAAGUUUCCUCACUUGUAUUCUAUUUUC